AUGGCCAAGAGGAAGAGAGGAGCCGACUCCUUGUCCCUACGACACCUGGAGAAGCUCCAGGAAGAUAUUGCUCGCGCUCUCAAGGAGGCCAAAGGCUUCGAACGCCAGCGUAUGAGCAAGAGACAGCGCGCUUUUGAUAAAGAUCCGGAGAAGAAAGCGGCACUCGAGAGAGACAUUAACGUACUCAAGUCAUUAGACCUACACCAGACUGCGCGCGCGCACCUAUAUUCUUCGCUACUCAGGAUUAAAUCGAUUGCGAACCACGAAGACCUCCCCGCACAGCUCAAGAAGGGAGUUGCGAAACCAGAACUGGCCGAAGACGAGCGGCUGGUGCUCCACAACGUCACCAGCGGCCUCUACAAUCGCGACGGCGUCAAGAAGGCUGUCGACAAGGCCAUUACAUUUGUCUGCGAGGCGCUAGAUAUUCCUGUUCCACAAAAGGGCGCAAAGGGAAAGCGCGAGCGAAAAGAAAAGACGGAAAAUGCUCAAGAAGCCGAGCCAGUGCCAGUAAAGGCGGACCAGAAGACAACCCCCGUCGACAAUGAGGACGAGACCGAUUUCGAAGGCUUCAGCACCGACGAUGACGAUGAUGAAAACGCGGUCCCGGCUGUACAAGAUCUCGAUAGCGACGCAGAAGUCGCCCAAGAAAACGACAUCUCGGCUCUAGACGGCUUGCUAGGUAGUUCCUCCGACGAGGACGAGGACGAGGAUGACGAGGAGCGCGCCCGCCUAUGGGAAAAGUAUCGCGGGAAAGAAACGGUCAAUCUCGACGACAUUUCCCUGUCGGGCGGCGACUCUGAACCGGACGACGCAGUCGACAGCGACGACGACGACCACGAGCCUCGCACCAAAGCCGCAAGCGACAAAAAGGUCACCUCCCGCGGCGUCUCCCUCUCGUCCUCUCCCGAGCCGCAACGGAAACGCUCCAAAAAAGCAACCUCGGCCACCGCCGGCGGCCAACCCACCGGCUCGACGUUCCUGCCGUCCCUCAUGGGCGGCUACGUGUCCGGGUCCGAGUCGGCGUCGGACGUUGACGUCGCGCCGCCCAAGAAGCGCCGCGGCCAGCAGGCCCGCCGCGCCAUCUGGGCGCAAAAGUACGGCAGCCGCGCCAAGCACCUCCAGGACGCGGCCAGAAACAAGGGCCGCGGCCGCGACGACGGCUGGGAUAUGAAGCGCGGCGCCGUCGAUGCUGGUGACAGCAGGACGCCGUGGAAAAAGGGCGUCAGGAACCCGUUCUCGUCGGCGUCGGGCGGCGGCGGCGGCGGCGGCGGCGGGCAGCAGCAGGAGACGAGACGACCGCCGCCACCGCCAAAGAAGCGUGACGAUCAAGGUCCUUUGCAUCCUAGCUGGGAGGCGCGGAAAAAGGCUAAAGAGUCGCAAAAGGCUGCGGCCUUUGCGGGUUCAAAGGUUGUUUUUGAUUAG